UUUAAUCUAAAUGAAAUUCUUUGGGUGCUUCUCAUGUGUCUUUCUAUGUGAGCACAUGCUAAUAUGAUCAUAUUCACAAAAUAUCUAUUCAGCUCGAACCCAACUAUGAAUAUAUUCACAUUGUUUCUAGUCAGGGGUUCUGUAUUCUUUCUAUUCAACUGAUGUGUGAUAUUUACCAUUGCUAAGGAAGCAAGAUGGCUCCUUGCUGCGAGAAGUAUCAUAUGUUCAGUUGUUGUUAUAGCCUUCUUCUAUGCUAUCAGCUUGAUUGUAGCAACCAAAGCAACCCUGAUCUUAAACCUUCAGCCUAUCUUUAUAAUAGGAAUGGCAAUAGUUUUUCUGGGAGAAAAACUAAUAUGUGUUGAUAUUUCAAGUAUGAUGGGAGCCUUUGCUGGAGUAAUCAUGAUCUCAUUCAAGGAAGAUAAAGAGAAUCUUGAAACAAGCUACAUAAUGCAGAUAAUUGGCAUUUUUAUUUGCUUAGCAGAGAGCGUUGCAAAUGCUCUCAAUGUUGUCCUAACAAAGCAGAUGAAUAAGUACCUUCAUUUUAUCUUUUCUCCAUUCUAUUUCUCAAUGGCAUUAGUGAUCGAAAGUGCUUUUAUGAUCCUCAUAUUUCCUGAAUUUAACAAUUUUGGAGACUACUCAAACACUGAUUGGCUGAUAGCUAUUAUGAUUGGAUUUAGUAAUGCUGGAACACAAAUAUUAUUAAGUAUUGCUACAAAAUAUGAAGACGCUUCAGUUCUAGCACCUUUGAACUAUGUCGAAGUUAUCUUUGUCCUCCUUGCAGAUGUCAUCUUCUUCUAUGUCAGCUUCACCCUUCUUGAUAUAAUUGGCAUGACUUUAAUCUCAGUCUGCAUCUUAAUCCCACUGAUAAGAAAAAGCAGGGAACACAAGAAAGAAGUUCACUCAGAAAUAGAAGAAAGUCUCGAAAUGAGUUUGACUCAUAAAGCUGAGUUCUAG